CCACCAGCACCAAAAACCCACUACCUGCUUCCCUCACACGACGCCGGAGAAAUUAAGCCAAUAAUUAAAACCAAUACUUCUCAAAGAGAAAGAAAGGCAGUGAUCAAUCAAAAUGUCCUCCGUCGCCCAGAAACGCCUCUUCCACGAAUACAAAAACCUCUCCACCAACCCCCCCGAGGGCAUCACCGCCGGCCCCGUCACCGAAGAUGACAUGUUCCACUGGGAAGCACUAAUCCAGGGGCCUGAAGGUACGCCCUUCGAGGGCGGCGUGUUCGCGGCCGAGUUGAAGUUCCCUAAAGAUUAUCCGCUUAGUCCGCCUACAAUGAAGUUUGUGGGUGGUGGGGUUUGGCAUCCUAAUGUAUACCCCAACGGGACCGUGUGCAUUUCCAUCCUCCACCCCCCCGGUGACGACCCCAACCAUUACGAACAUGCUUCGGAGCGGUGGUCACCUAUCCAGAGCGUGGAGAAGAUUCUCAUCUCCGUUAUGAGUAUGUUGGCGGAGCCGAAUGAUGAGUCUCCGGCGAACGUGGAGGCUGCGAAGAUGUGGAGGGAGCGGAGGGGGGAGUAUGAGCGGAAGGUGAGGGAUGAGGUUAGGAAGGGAUUGGGGUUGUAAAGCACCCUCUUCCUCAAUACGAGUUCAAUGGUGAAGGGGAGGGGUUU